GAUGACGAUAGCCAGGCUAUCUCUUGGCGUGAUACGGAGGUCUGCGAGCGUGUGCCGGAGAUCGAAGUGCCAUUCCUUCAAGAUCGAUUUCCCUCGCUGAGGAAAACGAAAAAGGUUGUUGUGGACAAAUUCCAACAAUAUCGCAAUUCAACAUGGUGGGGACGCAAAAGCCUCCUGGUGCGUGGGCUUUUACUUUUGUUGCUGAUGGCAAUUCUUCUUUGUAUUGCCCUAGUAAUUGCCAUGUAUAUCCUGCCAGCGAUCCUCACGAUGAAUGAUAAGAAUAAUACGACGAUCAAUGAUUUCUGCAGCACUCCAAUUUGUCAUCGUGCUGCCUCCGAGAUUCUGAAAAAAAUGGAUUCUGAUGUUCGGCCCUGCGACAACUUCUACAGAUUUGCCUGUGGUGGAUUUUUGACAAAUACCUCAACCCCAGAUGCGAAAGGGGAAGUUGAUACGUUAUCUAUCAUCCGCGAUAAAAUCCUGGAAGAAUUGCGAUUUAAUAUCGAGGAGCCAAGUACUCCCAUGGAACUUAAGUCACUAAAACUGGCCAAGAAUUUGUAUAGAUCAUGCAUGAACAUGACUGCAAUUCAAGCCCAGAGUUCCAAAAAACUUCUCGAUGACCUAACAGAACUCGGAGGAUGGCCGGUGCUGGAGGGAGACCAGUGGGAUGAGACCCCUUUCGACUGGAUUGAAUCAACGUACAAAGUGCGGGAACGAGGUUAUCCGUUCGACUACUUUCUCCGCGUUACCAUCGAGCCAGAUUGGAAGAACAACGUUAAAUAUGUAAUCUAUUUGGAUAAAGCCGCCCUGAAGGUCCCCCUGGAAGCCCUAUCCUUCGAUAAACCCAAUUACAUGGUGGAUAUUGCUGUAAUGCUUGGAGCUAAACGAGACCUAGCCAUAGUUGAGAUGCGCAGGCUCUUGGAUUUCGAAGCUGAAAUCUACAGUUUGGUACAGCUAAACGAGGCAGAUCGUUAUUCUCAAUUCUCAUACGCCCCUACGACCAUCUCCGACCUCGUCGACUUGUACCCAAGCAUUCCCUGGAAGGAGUACUUUAGCCGCCUGCUUCCCCCCUCAGUGCGAGUCGGAAAUUGCGAGGUCAUCAUCCGGAAGGGGGCUUCGUAUAUCAAAAGCUUGGAGGAAUUAAUGGAGCGAACACCUAAAAGAGUUCAAGCCAAUUACGUAAUGUGGCGAGUGGUGGAAUCCUCAUUAGCUUAUAUGAAUGACCAAAUGAAAGAGCGGGAGCUUCAAUGGUGGACGGGAAAAACGGAGAGAGAACCGAGAUGGAAGGAAUGCAUGAAAGUGGUCUCACAGAAACUCCCACUGAGUCUAGGAGCCGUUUAUGUUAGAAACUACUUCGACGAGAGAGUCAAGAGGAAUGCCACUGAGAUGGUGGAUGACAUCAGCAGACAGUUCCAUCGGUUCCUUGGGAGGCUCGACUGGAUGGACGAGAUAACCAGAUAUAGGGCCCGCCAAAAAGGCGCCUCCAUGACUAGUCACAUCGCCUAUCCUGAUGAGCUGCUUUAUAGCAGUAAAUUGGAAGAGUAUUAUAGGAAUUUGGAAUUGAGCGAUCAGGAUUACCUACAGGGAAUCCUUAAUAUUUCUCUGUUUGAUGCGCAGAAUUCGUUGGGUAAAUUGGGGAAACCUUUCGAUAAAAACGAUUGGACUACAUAUGGCAAUGUGGCGCGAGUGAAUAUCACUUAUCAUCCGACUCUGAAUCUUAUUGAUGUUACGGCUGGUAGUCUUCAGGAUAUGUUCAUUGGCGAUGGCCUCCCGAGGUACUUGAGCUACGGUGCCAUUGGGAGUACAAUCGGUCACGAAAUCGCUCAUGGAUUUGACGUUAAUGGGCGAUGGUUUGAUGGAGAGGGAAAUCGAGCUGAUUGGUGGAGACCAUCUACCAUGGAAAGCUUUUUGGGAAAAUCUCAAUGCGUUGUCGAUCAGUAUGACAAUUACUUCGUCAACGAAGUUGAAUUAAACUUGAAUGGGACGGAUACUCAAAUAGAAAAUAUCGCAGACAACGGCGGCUUCAAUGCGGCGUAUUUGGCUUACGACGACUGGUCAGCGCGCAAUGGCGAUGAGAAAAUGCUCCCGGGACUCCCUUAUACCCCGCGACAAAUGUUCUGGAUCAGUGCAGCCAACACUUUAUGCACAAUCCAGAGCCCGAGGAGACUCGAGCUUCAAAUUACCGAGGGCGGACGGAGUCCCGCUGAAUUUCGUAUCUUAGGAACACUGUCCAACAUUCCAGCGUUCGCUGAGGAUUUCAAAUGUCCCUUGGGUUCCGGAAUGAAUCCCGAGAAGAAAUGCACAAUCUGGUGAUUUUUCAGUUAAUAUUAUUGCAGUACACAAUUCAUUCUCUCGUUACGAUUGCGCGCUUUCAUCAAUAUAAAAUAAAUCAUCAAGUUAUUUAUUUAUUUAUUUAUUUAUUUAUUUAUUUCUAAACUUGAAA